AAUAACGACGAAUAUUAUGUCAAACCACUCACUCACCAUCAUGUAACUAUGCAUGUUAAUUAAGCAAAGUUAAUAAUAAUACCACCAAGUGUGUAUUUAUAUUAUUGUAUCCUUCUUAGCUUCUUAUUUUAUUUUUAACCAUAAUUCAUUCAUGUUGGCUUUGCUCAGUUUACACACACAAAAAACCUUUGUUGCUUUUGUUUUAGCCUCUGUUACAAGAUUUGGCACCUGAUAUAGAGACAUUUAAGAUUCAUGGUUGUUGAAUUUGGAAUACUUGGGAUGUGUGAAGAAAAGUGGAGUUAGAAAUUAGUUGCAUUUAAAUGAAAAGGGUCAACUUUUUUUGUUGAUUCUAUUGGAUAAUAUUAGUGGAUGAUGAAUUUGUUGUAGACUGUGUUUGGAAGAGGAUUGGUAUUGUCUUGUUGUGUGGAAAAAAAUAACUUGGGCAACAAGGUCAAAUCUUGUUGGUAGAAAAAGACCAGGUGUUGAAUUUGUUUGAAGUUUUGUUUUUUUCUUAGGUUGUAAUGAAGGCUCCAUCAAAUAGUUACUUGCAUAAUUCUGGAGAAGGAGAAAGGAAGACCAUCAAUUCAGAUUUAUGGCAUGCUUGUGCUGGACCUUUGGUUUCUUUGCCUCCUGUUGGAAGUCUUGUGGUUUAUUUUCCUCAAGGACACAGUGAGCAAGUAGCAGCUUCCAUGCAAAAGCAGACCGACUUCAUACCGAGUUACCCUAACCUUCCGUCCAAGUUGAUUUGCUUGCUUCACAAUGUUGCUCUGCAUGCUGAUCCCGAAACUGACGAGGUCUAUGCACAGAUGACUCUUCAACCAGUAAACCAAUAUGACAAGGAAGCGAUGCUGGCAUCAGACAUCGGUCUCAAACAAAACCGUCAACCUACUGAAUUCUUUUGCAAAACUCUAACAGCUAGUGACACAAGUACUCACGGUGGAUUCUCUGUGCCGCGUAGAGCAGCUGAGAAAAUAUUCCCACCUUUGGAUUAUUCAAUGCAACCUCCAGCUCAGGAGCUUAUUGCUAAAGAUUUGCAUGACAAUGCGUGGACAUUUAGACAUAUUUAUCGGGGACAACCAAAGAGGCAUUUAUUGACUACUGGUUGGAGUGUAUUUAUCAGCACAAAAAGACUUUUUGCUGGAGAUUCUGUUCUUUUUAUCAGAGAUGAAAAACAGCAACUUCUUUUAGGUUUGAGGCGCGCUAAUAGACAGCAGCCAGCGCUUUCUUCAUCAGUAAUAUCCAGUGACAGUAUGCAUAUUGGCAUUUUAGCUGCUGCAGCUCAUGCUGCUGCAAAUAACAGCCCUUUUACUAUAUAUUACAAUCCAAGGGCCAGCCCCUCCGAAUUUGUUGUGCCAUUGGCCAAGUAUAACAAAGCCAUGUACACUCAAGUUUCUCUUGGAAUGAGAUUUAGAAUGAUGUUUGAAACAGAGGAGUCUGGAGUACGUAGAUACACGGGUGCAAUUACUGGAAUUAGUGACUUGGAUCCUAUCCGAUGGAAAAAUUCACAAUGGCGCAAUCUUCAGGUUGGAUGGGAUGAAUCGACAGCUGGUGAACGCCCAAGUAGAGUUUCAGUUUGGGAUAUCGAACCGGUAGUGACUCCUUUCUACAUUUGUCCACCUCCAUUUUUUAGGCCCAAGUUCCCCAGGCAACCUGGAAUGUCAGAUGAUGAGUCCAAUAUAGAAAAUGCUUUCAAGAGAGCUAUGCCCUGGAUUGGAGACGAGUUUGGCAUGAACGACGCCUCGAGUUCAUUCUUCCCCGGUUUGAGUUUAGUGCAGUGGAUGGGCAUGCAGCAGAAUAAUCAGUUUUCAGCUGCUCAAUCAGGAUGUUUCCCAUCCAUGCUCUCAUCAAAUACUCUGCAAGGUAAUCUUGGCACCGAUGACCCAUCCAAAUUACUAAGUUUCCAAGCUCCAGUCCUCUCUGCGCCGAACCUUCAAUUUAACAAACCUAAUUUACCAAAUCAAAUCAACCAAUUGCAACAACCCCCAGUAUCAUGGCCUCAACAGCAACAACAGUUACAGCAGCAGCAGCAACAACAACAGUUACAGCAGCAGCAACAACAACAACAGCAACUGCAGCAGCAACAGCAACAGAAGCUGCAGUCAUUGUCGCAAAUACCGACAAACCAACUCCAGCAACAAAGGCAACAGCAGCUGACUGAAUCACAAAAUCUGACACUGCUACAGCAACAAAUGCCUCAGCAGUUAGGACAGCAAACACAGAAACAUCUACAGUCAUCUCAACAAGCUAUUACGAAUAAUGGUGUAGUUUCUUCUAACCAGAUUACAAAUCAGUUUGUACAGCAACCAUCAGCUUACGCUCAGCUUCAGCAACAACAAUUACUCUCAGGAAGCAUCCCACACCAACAAAGUUUCCAAUCAGCCAAUAAGAAUACAUUCCCACUGACAUCUCUUCCACAAGACUCGCAAUUUCAGCAACGGAUAGACUCGCAAGCGAGUCUUUUACAAAGGCAGCAACAACAGACACAAUUACAACAAUCUCAACUACAGGUUUUGCAACAAAACAUGCCACAGAGGGUCCCACCAAAUCCGCCAGUGACUCAAACGUCUCAACAAAAUGCCUCGGAGCAACAACUGCACAUGCAGUUUCUACAUAAACUGCAGCAGCAGCAACAACUUCUUUCGACGUCUAGCCCACUUUUGCAAUCUCAGCUUCUACAGCAACAAAAUACUCACCAACAAAUCCAGCAAUUACCUCAGCUGCCUACAUCCCAACAUCAUACUCAACAGCUUAGUAAUAAUGCAUUUUCAACAGAGAAGCUUCUCAACAGCAACAACUUGUCUUCGUCAUCUCUUAUGCAAUCACAACACCUUCCUGUGAAUCGAACUCAGAACACGCAAAAACCACUCACAAUUACUAGAGCCCCGUCUACACUUACAGAUGGAGAGGCUCCAUCAUGCUCAACUUCUCCAUCUACCAAUAACUGCCCGGUUUCUCCACCGAACCUCCUGAAAAGAAAUCAACAAGUACCAAAUAUGUUAGGGGGGUGUUUGUUAGUGGAGCCUGCUAGUAAUAUGAUACGGGAGCUUCAGAGUAAGACUGACAAGCAUAUCAAACACGAGUUCGCGAAUGUAAAGGGAUCUGACCAGCUUAAGUAUAAAAGGACAACUAUCGAUCAGCUGGAAGCUUCUUCUGGAACAUCUUACUGUCUCGAUCCUGGUAACGCCCAGCAGAAUUUUCCACUAUCUAACUUCUGCAUGGAAGGGGAUGUCCAAUCAAACCCUCGAAACAAUCUUCUAUUUGACUCUAGUUUUGAUGGUUUAAUGCCUGAUACUAUGCUUUCAAGGGGUUAUGACUCCCAAAAAGAUCUUCAAAAUUUGUUGUCAAAUUAUGGUGGUGCUCCAAGAGACAUUGAAACGGAGCUGUCCACCGCUGACAUCAGCUCACAGUCGUUUGGACUGCCAAACAUGCCCGGUUGCUCAAAUGAUGUUGGCAUUAAUGACACUUCUGGGGUUUUGAACAAUGGCUUGCGAGCAAACCAAACUCAACGAAUGCGGACAUAUACUAAGGUUCAAAAGCGUGGCUCUGUUGGAAGAUGCAUUGACGUCACCCGUUACAAGAAAUAUGAUGAACUCCGGUAUGAUUUGGCACGAAUGUUUGGGAUUGAAGGGCAGCUAGAAGAUCCUCAAAGAACUGACUGGAAGUUAACAUACGUAGAUCAUGAAAAUGACAUUCUUCUUGUUGGUGAUGACCCUUGGGAGGAAUUUGUAAGAAAUGUUCAGAGUAUAAAGAUAUUGUCAUCUGCUGAGGUGCAGCAAAUGAGCUUGGAUGGGGAUUUAGGUAAUGUUCAACUCCCAAAUCAAGCAUGCAGUGGGACAGAUAGUGGCAAUGCAUGGAGAGGACAGUAUGAUGAUAACUCUGCAGCCUCAUUCAAUAGGUGAGGAUUUCAUCAAAUACUGACAUAUUCAUUGAGUUGGUGGAGAGCCAACUUAAACCUUUAAAACCUCUGGUUGGUGCUUCAAUACAUCUCAAAUGGAAAGGAGACAUAUUCAUAGCAAAUUAUGCAGUUGAUUAGGGUACUGUAGAAGAGGUGGAUUUUGACAUAACUGCAUCACCCUAGUUCUCUAUCACUACACACCUUUUAACUGUGAGAAGCUUAGUUUAGAUUCUUGAAUCUAAACUAGUUUAGUGCUCCAGUUACAAAUCCUACCCGGAAUCAGCUUUUCUUUUGAAUGCUGGAUUAGGAUUUUUAGUUUUUAUUUCCUAUUUCAUUUUUUUCCAUGGAACAACAGUAUAGGCAGCUAUGUAUAAUACUUCUCGCGUGAGAUUAAAUUUUUCUUAGAUCUGUGUAAAGCUUGUGAUAGUUAAAGUUGAUUCUUGCUCUUUUAUAAAGUGCCUACACUGUUUCCAUGGUAGCAGUUUUUUUAUUUAAAUUGUGUGCUGUUGGGAAAAUUAUUGUACUUCAAUUUGUGGAUAACUCUAUCCAAGUGAUAAACAGGCAGCUUUUACAUCA